UCCCAGGCCCUGUCCCAGAGCCCGUGUCCUGCCAGGCAAACAUGUUUUCCUUCAAGCUCCUCUGAAACCCUCUUAUCUCCCCUAUACAGCCCAGUCCAGAUUCCAGGCGAACAUGGGGUACUCCCAGAGAAAUAUAGUCUUUGCUGUCUUCCUGGGAGCCACAAUAAUAUCAGGAAUCAUCACCCUCAUCCUUGUUCUCAUUGAUGUCACAGAAGUCCUCCUGCCUCCAGCCACCAAGUACGGGAUGGUGUUCGAUGCUGGAUCCUCGCACACAUCUCUCUACAUCUACAAGUGGCCAGCCAACAAAGAGAACGACACUGGCAUUGUGAGCCAGGCUCUGUCCUGCAAUGUGGAAGGGCCGGGGAUUUCUCAUUACAUCACAGACCCCGUGAAGGCUGGGGAGAGCUUGAGGGCUUGUAUGGAGAAGGCACUGGCCCUGAUCCCAGAAGACCAGCACCAGGAGACUCCCACUUUCCUUGGGGCCACAGCAGGGAUGAGGCUUCUGAGAGAGAAGAAUAGUUCACAGGCGCAUCGGAUCUUUGAAGAAGUCGGCAAGGUCCUGGAGCAGUUCCCUGUCCGUUUCCAGGGAGCCCAAAUCCUGACAGGCAAUGAGGAAGGAGCCUUUGGCUGGAUCACCGUUAACUACAUCCUGGGGACCCUGGUGAAGUACACCUUCUCAGGGGAGUGGAUCCAACCCCCUGUGGCUGAGCUGGUGGGAGCCCUAGACCUAGGUGGAGCUUCGACACAGAUCUCCUUCCUUCCUCUUGACCCCAUCACUGACCCAAGCACCAAGACCACCUUACGCCUCUAUGGGUACAACUACAGUGUCUACACACACAGCUACCUGUGCUAUGGGCAGAACCAGAUGCAGAAACGGCUCCUGGACAUUUUGGUGCAGACCAGUCCUUCUGAAGUGGUCCGGAACCCAUGCUACCAUGGUGGAUAUGAGGAUACACUGUCUCUGGACGACCUGUAUGACACGCCCUGUGUCCAGAACUCCCAGCACCCUUAUCCUCAGAGCCUCAAGGUGGAGGGGACAGGAAACCCAGAUGCUUGUUACUCUGUCAUCAAUAGCCUCUUCAACUUUUCUUCCUGUGGAGGGAGAAGAGAUUGUGCCUUUGAUGGCAUCUAUCAGCCUGAGGAGCAUGGCCAGUUCUAUGCAUUUUCUGGAUUCUAUUACACUUUCCACUUCUUGAACCUCACAGGCGGCCAGUCUUUGCACACUGUGAAUAAGACCAUUUGGGAUUUCUGCCAAAGGCCCUGGAAACAGGUGGAGGCCAGUUACCCAAAGGAGAAGCAGUAUCUGUACAACUACUGUACCAAUGCCAUGUACAUCCUCAUCCUCCUGACCAAUGGCUACAAAUUUAAUGAUGAAACCUGGACCGACAUCCACUUCUGCAAACAGGUUUCAGGCACGGACAUUGGCUGGACCCUGGGCUACAUGCUGAAUCUGACUAACAUGAUCCCGGCGGAGGCACCAGAAAUGAAGCAGGCAGAAAGUUAUGGUGUCUGGGUUGCUGCUGUCUUCUUUGUGGUCCUGACUGUUGUCACGAGCAUUGGUUCUGGAGUCAUCCACUGUUUUUGGAGCCCUGACUAGGCCUCAGAAUUAAGCCGCCGUGAUGAGCAUCCCUGGGGUGGGGCAAGAGGAGCCUGGUUCUGAGCUUCUGAUAAACCGAAGACUGGUUCAUUGAACUCCUGGGGAGACCCACUCCAUCCCAGCCUGAGCACAGGGAACUUCUGUCUCUAAAAGGCUUUUGAGGUUCCUUUGGGUAUCUUGACCAUUGUGUUAUAUGUGUUUUCUGUGGAUAAUUCUGGUCCUCAGCCAGCUCUCUGGAAGGGACUAGGCUUGAGCUGAUGAUAUUUGGGGGUGAGUUGAGGGGAAGAGUGAAAGUCUAGGGGGGGACUUUUGGGAGGGAGAGGCCUAAGAUAGGAGAAGUGAUGGCAAGGUAUAGUGGACAAAGAACUCGACUGAAGAUUCUGGACACUUAAAACCUAGUGCUGCCUCUGUAAUCAACCAGUUGUGUGACCAGGGGCAAGUCAUUGCCCUCUUUAGAGCCUCAAUUUUUUCAUCUGUAAGAUGAAGGGGAUUGGACUAAAUGAUCAUUAAGGCCCCUUUCUUCUCUGUAAUUAUGUAAAAAAUGACAGCGUGAUUGAGAGAAUGCUGAUUUUCCAGAAGGGAAUCUGACCCAAGGAUGAUAACAAAAGGAUACAUCCUGGGAUAUGUAUCAAUGCUGUUAUCCAAGAUGAGCUCAAGCCACGGAGAGAGGCAGGAGGAGCAAGUUCUUUGGCGACAGCCCCAUUCCAGGGUUCACCUCUGGCUUCUCUCUCACCCUGGAGCAGCCCUAGCCAACGCCUGCCAGGCUGAGGAUUUUUGUAUUCAUUCUUUUCCCCAUCUAGAUCUGAUAGAUCUCAUCUUAUAGAACUUGCUUAUCCUCCCUCAAUUCCUCAAAUCCCUUGAUGCUAGCUGCCAUUCUGUAUAGUUGUACAUACAUCUUUGCAUGCAGUCUCCUCCAUUAGACUGUGAGCUCCUUGAGAGCAGGGACUGUCCUUUCCCUUAUAUUGUAUAUCCUUAUAUUCACUCAAUACAGUGCCUGGCGCAUAGUGAGCGCUUAAUAAAUGCUUGCUGACCAACUAA